AUGACCAUCAAGUCCUUCGUUCUUUCUUGCUUGCUCAUUGGAGCCGUCCACGCAGAGGACGCAAAGGAUCUCAGCAAACAUAAUUGCUGUCUUCAUAUCAAAGACGCCAGUGACGCUUGGUGGAUGACAAAUCCCGACGUCACCAAAGAAGUCUGCCAGUCGUACUACAACAAUAUCGCGCAAUUUGACAGCAAGACUGGGACGUGCGACGAGCACAAAAAUGGGACGAUCAAGGAUGCGGACUGGAAGAGCAAGUGCAAGAUUUAUGGAACGUCAUUGGGCUGGACUGAUGAUCGGGUUGGUGCUGGGCAUGACGCGACGUGUUAUCCGAUAGACGCGUGA